UUAAUUGGAAGGAACUGGAUCCGGUCAUCGCCCACUGAGGUAUAGAAAAACACGGACACUCUCUCUCUCAAUCUCUUCUUCACAGUCUGUGACAGAAAACUGCUUUGACAUCCACAAGCCUUGGCCUUUUACUUUCCCACUCUGCACUUUGACUCCUACUGCUUUGCUUCUCAGGUAGAAGUAAAGAUAAGGGUAGGGUACUCUAGGGGAAGUACAUCAUGAUCAAGCGGACUCAUAGUAGGAACCAGAAAACCAAAGGAGUCAGGGUGAAGCAUGUUCUGCAGAUUUGUCUACUGCUUGGGGUCUGCUUUUGGUUAAUCUAUCAGGUCAAGCAUUCUCAUGAUAAGAAGGCGGCAUUAGCUGAGAAAAAUGCAAAAUCCUCAAUCAAAAAUUUGAGUGAUGGUGAGCUUCUGAAACUUGGGAGGAAAGACCUUCCUCACCAGGAAGUCAUUAAAAAUGAGAAACAACAGGAAGAGGAGGAAGAAGAAACAGCUGGAGAGGAAGAAGAGAAACAUGAAGUAGAAGUGCGACAAGAAGAGGAUCAGAAACAUGAAGUAGACGAGCGAGAAGAAGAGGAUCAGAAACAUGAAGUAGACGAGCAAGAAGAAGAGGAGCCGAAGCAUGAGGCAGAAGAGCAAGAGGAGGAAGAAGCCAAGAACGAAGAUAUAGAGGAUGAGGGAAGAGGAGCUGGAGAUGAUGAGAUAGAUGAAAAUGAGCAAGAGAAAAAAGAAGGAGAAGCAGAUCACGAUGAGGACAUUGUAGAUGAAGAGAAAGAAAGAGAAGAGGAGGGGAAUGAGAAGGAUGGUGAUGAGAAUGAAAGUGAAGAGAGAGAGCAUCAAGCAGAAAAUGAGAAUUCAUUGGAUGAUCAGGAUAAUGAUACCCAUGACAACAAUGCUCAUGAGGCACGAGAGGAAAAUUACAAAGGGGAUGAUGCUUCUAGUGCAGUGACCCAUGAUACCCAAGUAAGUGCCGAAAACUCAAAUGAGAACUCAGAAGCUAGUGCUCUAGAAAAGGAUGUAAAAUCUAAUGACAAUUCACGAAUGGUUGAUGGUGUAAUGGCUGAGAAUGGUACUUCUUUAAAUGUAACCGCAAGUGAAGAGAAAGUUAAUGAUGCUAUGUCCAAUCCUGUGGAGGGCUCACUUUUGAAUGCAGCAGUGAAAACAGAGUCUAAUGAUCUACCAGAAGCACGCAAUAACUCAACAGAAAUCAAUGGGGCAACUGAUUCGUACCAGCAGAACGUAACAGAAACUGUAUCUGAGUCAGUUCACUCUCAAAAUGAAACGUUGGAUGGGACGACUACUGGAGAGGGCAUGACCAUACAAACCUUGGUUGUGGAACAGGCUAAUAACACAGCUUCUCAGAACAACCAAUCUGACUCAAAUUCAACAAUUUCUACUAAAAUUGAGAGUGCGGAUGGGGUAUCAGGAGAAUCAUCUAACUCCUCUAAUAAGGUAGAGACCAAUGUGUCAGAAAAUAUCUUAAGAUCUGAUGGAACAGCUGAAACAGAGAAUGGUUCUAGUUCUCCAACAAUCAAGGAGAUCACAGAUACCUCUCAUAAUGAAGAGUCUAAUGGUACCAGUGAAUCUGGCAGGACAGAUAAGGGUUCAGACUCCACAAAUGUGACGGAGGAUGUUGUUCAGCAUGAUCCAAUUGAUUCUUCUGAUUCCCAUAUUGCCGAAGCCGAGAAAGAGGCUCGCACAGAUCUGGAUACAUUGCCAGAGAUAAAAACAGAGGGUGAUGAGAACGGAGAGGCUGCAGCAGAAUGAUGAUUGUGGUAUUUGGGUUCUUCUGUUGCUUACAAUUUUCAUGCUUGCCUUUGCUUUUGAUAUGAAAAGCAAUUAGGUUAGUGUGUGUGAAUGUUAAUCUGUGGCUAGAAAAUCAAUAUAGCAGGUCAAAUGUAGGCUAGUUUAUAUCAGCAGCAGGUGCAAUCUGUAAAACUAAAUUCAACCUUCCACUGUACUGUUUAUUUCCACCCUAAUCUUUCUUUUCAUGUAUUCGUUUUAUGUGCUGUUUCUUUAUAUUGUAAGCUCUUGGGAAGAAGCUCAUGAUGCAUAAAAAGGACAAGUGAAUUGUUUGAUGACCCAAGUUGAAAUUUUGGAUGUCAUAUGAAUUGGAAAAAAAAAAAAAAAAAAAAACGAAUUGUUUUGGUGGAGAGAGUUUAA